GGAGCGGUGGAUUUAGGGCGCAUGACGCUAUGUUGCUUCUCCAUGGGGUAACAUUCCCCUGUCGUUCAUUGAAUGAUCUACGAGCUAUCCAUAAUCACCUCAUAUUUCCUACAACAAACGACUGUCUACUUUCAUGGCUCUCUCUUCUCAAAUACGUCCAUCUGCAUCAAAAGUUUGUUGUACAAGGCAUUUAAUAUAUCGGAAAAGGAAAAUAAAUACAAAGAUUAGCUCUCAACCUCAUCCCCAGUCACGCAAAUGUCUCCCGCAAGAUCCAGUGACAAGGAAUCAGUCGAUACGACUAAAGGCCUGUGGGCUAAAAUGAUGGGUGCAAACGAAUACAGUGAUUUCGUCAUUAAAUGUCACUCACGAAUAUUCCCUGUCCAUCGAAUCGUCGUUUGUACACAAUCGAAACCAAUCCGAGCUGCAGCAGAUGGAGGCUUCAUGGAGUCUGUUACCGGCAUUCUCGAUUUAGAGGAUGAUGAUCCUGAGACUGUCGCGAGAAUGAUCAAUUUUUUGUACCUUCAAGACUAUGACGACACCUCUGAGCCGACUGGAGAAGUUGUGGAGGAGGGUUAUGGAUGUUUGUUGGUCAAUACCAUGGUCUAUAUCAUUGGCGACAAAUACGAUAUUCAAGCUCUCAAAACUCUCGCAAGGAAAAAGUACGAAGCAGCAAUAGUAACUGAUUGGAACACGCCUUCUUUCUCAGCAAGCUUAGAACUUAUGUAUGAAGAACUCCCGGAAAGCGAUACCUCUCUUACAUCCAUUGCCCUUGAAACCGCAGGAAAGCAUCUCAAGGAGCUAAACGAUCGAGGAGAGUUUUCCAGCCUCUGCAAAAAUAAUCCCGCAAUCGCUUACGACCUCUUAACGAGCAUUACCUCACAACCUUCUUCAUACCCCCCUCCAGAAAAGACGCAACCGCAACAUAAAAAAUCGUGUCCCAAAGGCCACACGUUCACACAUCUUAGCGAUAUACAUGCGCUGUAUGAUAAGGAUGCUUGGAAAUGGAAAGUCAAGUGUCCGAAUUGUGCGAUGCAGAAGGUUUGUUAUAGGUCGGAUAAUUCGUGUAAUCUGGAAGCGAAGUGGGAUGGCCCGGAUGUGGGAUAUUGGUAUUUGUGAUGAGGGAGUUUGUUAGGGAGUUGGGGUUUGUAAGGGUGUAUUUUUACUAGGUUGGGAUGGGAUGGGAUGGGUUUUGGGAUACGGUAUUUGGUGCUGAUGGUUGGGAUGGUGUUUUCUUUUGGGUGGUAUGUUGCAUAUUGUUGGUAUGGCAAGAGUGUAGAAAAUAUACCUGGGGAUGGAUGUGUAGAGAAAUUGCAGUUACAGUCACAGUUCAUACCUUGAUUUUUUAUACAUUUUAUUUUUAUCGUUAUUUACACUCGACUUCCUAUUGAAAUUCAAUAACCUGUAAGAUUAUCUCCGGUGAGCUGGAUGUACAUAGAAAUAUAAAAUGCCAAUGAUAUUUCUCA